AUGAGCUUGUUGUCAACCAUCGACACCAGCGCCGCGUCCGUGUACCAGCCCGCCCAGCUCCUCAAUUGGGUCUAUCUCUCGCUGCAAGACACGCACCAGGCCAGCGCCUUCGAUGCCUUCAGACCCGAGCCCUCCUCGUCCCAGCACCCCGAUCUCGGCUACACCAAGAGCACCCCGGAGCUGGGCUCCUCACUCAGCUCCAGCUAUCUCAACAGCUUCUUCCAGCUCCAGCGGAGCGAGGCUCUGAGCAGCAGUCUCUACAAGAGUGCAUCACCUUAUGGCUCACUUAAUAACAUUGUGGAUGGGUUAAGCUCUCUCACUGAGCAUUUCUCUGACCUAUCCCUUUCUUCAGAAGCCAGAAAACCCAGCAAGAGGCCACCUCCUAACUACCUGUGCCACCUCUGCUUUAACAAGGGACACUACAUCAAAGACUGCCCCCAGGCUCGUCCAAAAGGAGAAGGCCUGACACCAUACCAGGGCAAGAAACGCUGCUUUGGUGAAUAUAAGUGCCCCAAAUGCAAGAGAAAAUGGAUGAGUGGAAAUUCCUGGGCUAACAUGGGACAAGAAUGUAUCAAGUGCCACAUCAAUGUUUAUCCUCACAAACAGAGACCCCUGGAAAAGCCGGAUGGCCUGGAUGUUUCAGACCAGAGCAAAGAACAUCCUCAGCACCUGUGUGAGAAGUGCAAAGUUUUGGGCUACUACUGCCGCCGUGUGCAAUAAACCUUCCAAGUGGCCUCUGCCCAUCCCCAUCAUCCUUACAGAUUCUCUGGCAGCAUGAGAUCAACAGCAGCACAACAGAUCAAGAUAAAAGCUGAAAUAAUUGCCAAUAUUGCCUAUCUAAUAAUAUGCCUUACCAUUAAUAGAAUGUAACAUUUCUCCUGUGCAUGUGCAUGCAUGCAAUAGGUAUUUACAGGACUAUGAUUUGUAUACAUAUAUAUGUAAAUUUAUAUAUGUACACACAUAAAGUGUUACUGAUGGUGUUCACGACAGAACUACAGUUACAGGUUCUGCUGAUUGUUUACACAGACCCUAUAUCACAGCCAGGUGAAAUGAAGUACUUUUCAAAAGGCAAGGAAUAAUAUUCACAAGGAAUAUUUGUUACAUGUAUGGCUUUUGCAGAGGUUCAGUAACUGUGGGGCCACUAAUUGCAAGCACUCAUCCAUGACACGAACACUGUUCUUAUUAUAUGACAAGACAAAGGAAUGUGAAACAAGCCACAGCAUAAAAGAAGAAUUACUGCUUUCCUAGUUUUAGAGAGUCUUAAGAGUUUUGUGCUGCUGAUUUCUUGGACUUUUUUUUUUGUUACCAUCUCUUGGGCAGAGCUUAGGCAAAAUAAUUUUUGCAGGAAAUGGAAAAAAAAGUGAAUUAUUGUUUGAGUGUGUGGGUUGGGUAGAAAGGGAAUGCCAUAAGAUUCCAAGAGGAUUUUGGAGGAGACACAAUUGGCUUGCUUAUGCAACUACCAGAUCCUUCUCUUGUCAUAUAAUCCGACUGACAUGGCCCCUUCUAUGUGCAUGGCGUGUUCAUUAGGCCACAAGCACACUAAAUGUACUAUGAAUAAGGGGAUAAGAAUACUUAAAACUGACCCCAAAACCCUUAACUGAAAGAUUAGCCAAACUUACUAUUUAUAGUAGUUUCAAAGCCACUGUCUGAAAAUAUUUUUAUGUCCUGUUUUCUACUAUGGAAAUGUGUUAUAAUAUGAAAUUUUUUAGCCAUAGGGGUGUUUUGAGGCAUGGAGAACAUUCUAUAUAACCCUCUUUCUUUAUGUCUUCCUGAAGCACCUACAUACCUGGGGAGAAAUUUAGGAGUUCUAUUUCAUUGUCCCGUUUCAGGUGGAACUUUGCACAGGGACAGCCUGCUGCAAAGAGCAUCACAUCAGGGAUUGGCAAAUACAGACUGAAAGUACCUCGAGACAGUAUCCUGUUUGUAUGUCUGCAUGAGAGUACAUUGGCAAAAGGGCACAACAAGCAAUUCAUUUGUAGCAUUCACAAAAAAAUUAGAGGGAUAAUGUUGGGAGGAAUUUUUUACAUCAGCAAUUUAUAUUUUUAUGAAGUUUCCUUUAGGGAGAUGAUUUGUGUGAAUGAUACUUAGAGAAAACACUUUAAAUCCUUCAUAACUUGAUGUGAACUAAAUUUGUUCUGAGGAUUAGUUCCGUAAUGCAAAGACAGCAGGGGGUUUAUGCCAAGUGACAGCAGGAUGUUACCAGUAUGUCAAGACAAGCUCUUAUAAAGAAAGUAGAAAACUUACUAUGAGCAUUCAGCUAUGGAACAUGAAGCUCCUGACAAAUUUGUUCCAGGGUGAAACUCUUGCCAUUUCCCUGCUUUGCUAUAAAGUAGGGCAAAAUUGCAUCUGCUUGUUCAGUGGGAGCAGCGUGUACAUAUCUUGCAAACUCCAUUAUUUUAUGGGCAGCCCAAGCCACCCAGCCUGAUGGUCACAGCAAUGGAUGAGCAUCCUGACUCCUGGCUUCUGACCACAGCUCCCUGAUUUUGGGCAAGUCACAAGAUUCUUCUGGACCUCAGUUUCCCCAGCUGCAAAAUGGGGGUAAUAAUACUUUAGUAUACCUACCUCACAGGAGAGUUGUGAGGUUUGCUUAAUAUUUCUUAAGUGUUUUGGCAUCACUGGAUGAAAAGUCCUAUGUAAUGCUAAAAUAGAAUUAACUGAAUUAAUCACUUGGAAACUACUUUUGCCCAGUUGGCAACUUCAACUAAAAUAGCUGGAAAUAAUAUUGUUGAAAGUUACACUAAUAAACAGUUCAGUUGCCUCAGUGAAGAUAGGCAGUUUUAGCAUUUUUAAAUGCAAACACAUUCUUUUGCACCAGAUUCACAAAUUAACUUAGAGACAAAUUCUCUCAACAAAGAUACUAAUCUGUCUAUACAAAUAAGAAAAUACACAAGCAAAUCUAGGGGUGGAUUUUCUAAGCCUGACCUCUAGGAUUAAUCUCAAUAGUUUGUUUCAAGCAUGAGUAAUUCUGAAAGAGCAGCUUUUAAAACCAGAUCUAUUUUUUCCUCUUGAGCACUUAACAGUACAUGAACAAAAAAAAAUCACCUAGAUGGUUCACGUCUAGCUAAACAACAUGUAGAGAAACACCCUUAGAUGAAGAUUAGGGAAAACGUUAUUUUAUUUUCUCCCUGAAACUAAGAUGUUGCUAUCAAGCAUUUUGUUCAGUAUUGAAAUGAUAUCCAUGUUAUGAUAACCACUAAAUCCAGUAAAGUAGCACAACUCUUGAUAUAGCUGUAUCACUAUAUCACACACCACCAGGUUCUGACAAAAAGCUGACUAAAAGAGCAUUAUAAGCAUUGGUAUUUUCAUGACAGUGCCCUAUUAAGAAUUGUUUAUCCAGAUUCAACACUGCAAGGCAAUGCCUUUAGCUUAUGGACUUUUAGAUUGUACUAAAAACACACGUGAUCUACUUUAACACAAUUAAUGUCUAUAGGUGUAGCAUAAUAAUUCUUAAGAGCAUACUUAUGAGAGUUCAGUAUUUAUAUUAUUGAUGUGUUUGUUCCUAGGCAGAAGACACGUGAAGUAUUUAAGUAAUGCUUAGCACAUUUGCAAUGGAGAGGAGAGCAGAUUUCCCCCUGCCCUCGUGCUGGGGAGAAGCAGAUGAAGAACACAGGAAAGGCAAGAAGUGACCCUGCCAUAGUUUGUGCUGCCUAAGGCAGAGCACAGAUCCCAGCAGGGGCACAGGGCUGACCCUGCCUCCCUAAACCUGGGGCUGGGGCAAGGCAGGAGCACCCAGCUGAGGCAAGGGGAGGAUUCCCCCAAUCUGUGCCUCCCUGCCUGGCUUUGCUCGUAGCCCUGGAGCCCAUCCGCUCCACGCUCGAGUCUGUGCACUUGGAGUUGCUGGAAAAACACAUCCACACGAGUAAUGGGGUAUGACAGCUUAUGGCUUAGUCAGUGGCACAGAAGGGACAUUUCUGAAUUUUCAUUUCAAAGAAAAAAAACAAAAACAUGGAUUACAAAAUGUAGAUUUCUUCUAUUCCCUCCCUCCCCACACAAAGGUAAUUUACCUAUAGAUAUAACCAGCUCUUUCCAAAUUAAAAAAAAAAAAAGGCAAAUGCACAGAUUUUUGAUUGGAAAAAUGAGGAAUUGAUUUAUCUUUUAAAUUCUCGUGACUGCUUUCUGAUGUUCUCUAACUAGCUCUGCAUUUAGAGCAUCAGCUAGCAAUCGUUGAAGGCAUUAGUAGAUAGUAUUGACAGAAGUGAAGCAAGCAUCAAUAAAAAGAGUUUUAAAUCAAUACAGGCCUUCCUAAAAAACAAGUAUUCUUUGGGGAUGUACCUGAGAGCGGUUUGGCUCUGUGCAUUUAUUUGGCAAACUGGAUUUUCAAUCUCGGAUGCUUGCUGUUGACAGCCCACCAGUAUAUCCAGCAUACUCCAUUUUUUUUUACUUUUCACCCUUUUGGAGAUUUUUUUUUUAACUUUCAUUUAUUUCUUUAAAAACAACAACAAAAACCAACUAAAAAUAAACACCCCACAAUUUGUUUCAUGAGUUGGUCAUAGCAUUUCAUAUCAAAUUUGGCAUUGGCACUCCUCUGGAAAAAUGUUCGAGUAAUUUGAAAUGUGUUUUAUAGGAUUUUAGCUGCUUUGAUUUAAUGAGGCUACAAUGAAGUUAUUACAAAUGCUUCAUUUAAAGGUGAUGAAGAAAAAUCCUAGUAGUUUAAAGGAUGGCCCCAUUUUAGCCAGUUUCUACUGCUGCUACCACAGAUGUAAAAUGAUGCCACACAAGCAGUUUGAGGCCUUUUUGUCUCAAAGUUGCUAUUUAAUUUCAGAUAAAUACACAAGAGUAUAUAUUUUUUUCUGAAAAUAGGUGUAUUUUGAAGUUCCCCAUUAUAUGGGACUGAGUUUUUAAUCUAAAAAUGUGAAGUUACAUAUGACUGAGAGAAGCCUUAUACCUAGAAGUAUUACCUACAUUUUACCUUUUUGUAUAACAUGAAAUUUAGAUUAUAUACGGAUUGUAUACCUGUGACACUCCAGCAUUUUUUUAAAAAAGAAACCUACUUAAGAGAUUAAAAGUUUAGAGCUUUUGGAAAUGUCAGACUUCAUAGAUUAGUGCUCUUUGUCCUGCAGUCACAUAGAUUUUUUUUUCCUAUUCUGGAUCCUAAGAGUUGUCCACUGAACAGUAAGCAAUAAAUCAUCAACACGUGUUUUUCAAGUUAAGUAGACAGACAUAUAUUUUCCACUUGCCUUUGCCAACAUAUUUUAAAAUGUGAUGGAACUAUCCCCAUAGAAAAAUCAUUCUUUCAGAUAUUGCUCCACUCCCAACUGAGCUUCAACCCAUAUCUCUUAUCUGCAAAACCAGUGCUGUCCAUUGAGUUUGCUAUAUCACUCAAGUGCUCAGAGGGCUGUUUGAGAUCUUAGAUAUAGGGAUGAUGGAUUGUGUUUCUAGGAUGAAUUUCAAAGGGACAAUCGUGUGCAGUUACUAGCUAUAGAUGAUUGAUAUAAAUGUUUACCCCUGUAUGAAGUAUUUUACAGUUUUACUUGCAGAUGUGUAUUUAUCUUGAGUUAUACUUGACAUAGAGUUUCUUUCAAUUUUUUUUUUUUAAUACUAUGUGUGUAUUUUGGAAACCUUUUUAGAUGUUAAAAUUUUUGAAUGGUUACAAAUAUUUCUUAUAAUACUGAAUUGUUAUCUGGAAACUCUUUGCAGUAACUUUUUUGUAUAUAUUUGAGGGCCUUUUUAAAAAAGUAUUGUUUGUUUUUCGGGCAAAGUUUUUACAAUUGGGAAGCUUUCAGAAGGGCCUUCCUCUCAACUAGGAUACUAACAGAGGUAAGAGUUUUCUUAAGUAUUUUGCAGUAUUUUGCAGAACUAAGGAUGUAUCCUCAAGAAAAUAUUUAUGGAAAUAAUUUACUUUUUUUUUUUACAAUGCUUUUGUCUGUAUAAAGUAUGCAACAGAACUACAUUAAGAAGGAAAUAUUGUCUACAUAAAAUAUUAUAUGAAAGUUGGUACAUAAUUCUGACAAAAAACCUUGCAAUUCUUUAAGCCAUAUUGUUUUUGUUAUCCUUGGAUGAAAAUAUCAGUAUUAAGUAACCAGUGUAUUAUUCAAGUGCUUAGACUUAUAUGAAAAUGCUUCUACGGUUUAUUUAUGUGUAUUUGGGGAAGGAGUGCUAGAAAAGCUAUCACUAGACAUGUAGCAGGUGAGGAGCAGAUAACAGUAUUCUGUCACUUUAUGGCCUCGGGGAGACACAGAAGAUGCUGGAGGCGCCGUGGGGACUCGGCUCUCAGAGACUCCGAAGCACAAGUGGUGGGUUUGUGUCAAAUGGUGCCUCCUCCCCACUGCUGCAGGGGGAGAGAGUUGGUUGGGACACUGUUUAACUUGACUUUCACAACUCUUGCAGACUGUGAGCUCAGCUAUGCAGUAUCAUCUACAGCAAUAAUGUCAAUCAAAGGAUGUAAGAGAAAAGGAUUGAAGUAGAUUAUUGUAGGGGUUUACGUUUAUUUUAAUUAGAACUCAUAGCAAUAUAGAAUAUGCAUGUGCACGUAUUUGAAGCAUUUUACACUUUACAUUUCAUGUAGUUUGAUUAUAUUAUGAAGGAUUGAGUUUUUAGUUUGAUAUUUUACCAUGCUAAAAUGGGAGGUCUGCCCAGCCCUAUACUGGAUUCUUGUUUCCUUUAAAAGGUUAUUUAGUACAGCACUCACUGCAUUGUGUAAUAGUGCUAAAACUAACACUAUUUUAUGAAUUUCUUCAGCUUUAAAAAAAAUUAACCUGAUGAUUAUUACAUUUGUUUAGCUGUACCCACUGACCUUGUCAGAUUCAGUUGGCAAAUUGUAUAAUUUCUUUUUCUGUAACUGUUAAUAAACUUGUACAGCUAAAACAAACAAAACCUAUGGACAAAGGCCUCAGAGGUACCAGUUCUGUUUCAGCAAUCAAGAUGCCAGCUUGCUCAUCUGGUGACUGUGUUGUUAACAAGACUGUAAAACCUCUGUUGUGGAUUGUCCAUAAAAUGGCAUUCCGACAUGUGCCUUAUUUGCUGGAUAGUAUACAGCUUUCCUCUAGUAUUCUAGCAUUUUAAUGCUGUAUUAAAGUAUUGCAAAAAACCCA